ACGAAUCAAGUCGGUGCGCAAAAAUAAAUGACACUGGCAAACCCAUAACAAUCCGCACUCCGCUUUGUGCCGCACGAUGUACAGAGAGACCUUCUUUGGCUAAAUCGCCGAACGCUGCCCGCCAUUCAUUUCCUGUCUGCUGAACGGAGAAUCGAUAGAUCGAGAAAGAGAAAGAGUCUUCCUUCUUUUGGGUAAUCCGAAUAAUUAUAAGGGAGGAUAUUUCUAUUUGGGGCUCGGCUGUGUGUGUGUGUGUUUGCGUUGGAUAUAUUAUUUAUGGUUGAAGCGAUGGAGUGGGAUAGUAGCAAUUCGGAUCUGAGCGAUGACGAGGACGAGGGUUUCGUCCUCAACAAUGGCGGUCCACUGCCCUUCCCCGUUGGAGACCUCUUCCAAACCGCGCCUUGUGGCUUUGUCGUCACUGACGCCCUCGAGCCCGACCACCCUAUCAUCUACGUCAACACCGUCUUCGAGAUGCUUACUGGCUACCGCGCUGAGGAGGUCCUCGGUCGCAAUUGUCGUUUCCUGCAAUGUAGAGGUCCAUUUGCAAAAAGAAGACAUCCAUCAGUGGACUCCAUGGUAGUUUCAGAAAUUAGGAGAUGUCUUGAUGAGGGAAUUGAAUUCCAAGGCGAGUUGUUGAACUUUAAGAAAGAUGGAUCUCCCCUGAGGAACAGAUUACGAUUGACACCUAUAUAUGGAGAUGAUGAAAUGAUAACUCAUGUUAUUGGAAUCCAGUUCUUCACUGAAUCAAAUAUUGAUCUGGGUCCGUUGCCUGGCUCUUGGACGAACGAAUCCAUAAAAUCCUCUGAUCGGUUUUGUUCUGUUCUUUCAGCUAUCCACCCCGACACCUUGGGGGACCGAAAUGUUUUUCGUGGGAUUUGCGGGAUAUUCCAAUUGAGUGAUGAGGUGCUGUCUCUCAAGAUUCUUUCACGUUUGACGCCUAGAGACAUUGCAUCAGUUGGGUCUGUAUGUAGACGAUUGUAUGAGCUGACAAAGAAUGAGGACCUUUGGAGAAUGGUCUGCCAAAAUGCAUGGGGUAGUGAAACAACUCAUCUUCUAGAGACUGUACCAGGUGCAAAGAGACUUGGGUGGGGUCGGCUGGCAAGGGAAUUGACUACUCUUGAAGCAGCUGCAUGGAGGAAACUGACUGUUGCGGGUGCUGUUGAACCCUCACGCUGCAACUUUAGUGCUUGUGCAGUUGGGAAUCGAGUUGUUCUUUUUGGUGGGGAAGGGGUCAACAUGCAACCUAUGAAUGACACCUUCGUAUUGGAUCUAAAUUCCAGCAACCCAGCAUGGCAACAUGUCCAAGUGAGCUCACCGCCUCCUGGUCGUUGGGGCCAUACACUUUCUUGUGUGAAUGGGUCUCAUUUGGUGGUAUUUGGAGGCUGUGGAAGACAGGGCUUGCUCAAUGAUGUGUUUGUGUUGGGUUUGGAUGCCAAGCCUCCAACUUGGCGUGAAAUAUCUGGAUUGGCCCCUCCACUUCCAAGAUCAUGGCACAGCUCUUGCACCCUAGAUGGCACCAAGUUAAUUGUUUCUGGUGGUUGUACUGAUUCUGGAGUACUUCUCAGCGACACAUUUCUGCUUGAUCUUUCAAUGGAGAAACCUAUCUGGAGGGAGAUACCAAUGGCAUGGACCCCACCUUCUCGGUUAGGCCAUACACUAUCUGUGUAUGGUGGUCAGAAAAUAUUGAUGUUUGGGGGUCUGGCCAAGAGUGGGCCCCUUCGAUUUCGUUCCAGCGAUGUCUUCACAAUGGAUUUAGGCGAGGAAGAACCAUGUUGGAGAUGUGUAACUGGGAGUGGAAUGCCUGGUGCUGGAAAUCCGGGGGGCAUAGCUCCUCCACCUAGACUUGAUCAUGUGGCUGUGAGCCUCCCAGGUGAGAGAAUCCUGAUAUUUGGUGGGUCUGUGGCUGGUCUACACUCUGCGUCGCAGCUCUAUAUCCUGGACCCAACAGAUGAAAAACCUACCUGGAGGAUAUUAAAUGUGCCUGGGCGACCCCCAAGAUUUGCUUGGGGUCAUAGUACUUGUGUUGUUGGGGGCACAAGGGCCAUUGUUCUUGGUGGUCAACCUGGAGAGGAGUGGAUGCUAAGUGAGCUCCAUGAGCUAUCGCUGGCAAGUUCCGUUAUCUGAUUCAGAGGAUAGAGAAUAUAUAGAAAGCAGUCGCAAAGGUGUCAGUAGGAGCCUUCAACUGCAAAAUGUGAGAUCAUUCCCUGGAAUCUUUCUGUGGAGAAUGUUGUUUCUGUCACUAAUAGCUUCGUUAAAAAUGUUAUCUUAGUCAGGAUGUGUAUCAGGUGGUUGCUCAUAACGCAUUAUAUUGUAUGGGGUUGUUCUGGCUUGGGAUAAAAUUCUAAUUGGCUUUCGACGAGUGACUUGAGACAUGUCUGUUCUGUGAGGUUUGCAUGAGACUUGCCCUUCAAUACGUGCUGACGGAUUAUUCUUCACUCUUUAGUUUAGUAGUAUUUGAAUGUACAGGUAGGUUUAUGUAUGUAGGUUUAGUUUCUACUUGUUCUGCCCAUGGGGCUGCUUAAGGUUCUGUAAAUUGAACCAAAACAACUGAAAGAGAUGCAUCUUAAUAAUACGGGCUACUGCUCGAGCCCUUUAUAUGUAAUGGACUCUGCAUUCAGUUUUACUCACUUUUGGAACUUGUCAUCCUGCUCAAAAGAGAAGCAAGAGGAGAAGGUUGGGAGGCAGGAAUAUUGAAGCAGAGAUAAUAUCCACAUCUCUGACGCGCAUGGUGAUGUACGGACAGUCUGAUCUGGUCCAGAUCAAAAUUUUCUGACCCUGUAGUGCUCGCAGGGUUAAUACUUUUCUCGCCUGAGAAGCAACUUCGUUCUACUUUUUUAUUUUUAUAGGCCAAAAUGCAUUUGCUGCUCGUCUUUUUGCUUGUCAUUUUGAUAGUAGUUUGCCGUGUAUAUUUCUUCCUUAUUCAGUCAGGAGUGGUAAUUAGGUGGCUGCUCAUACUGCAUUAUAUCGUACGGAUUGUUCGGUGUUUAUGAAUUGUUCCGCUUUCUGAUUUUUUUUUUUUUUUUUGUGAAAUUUUUUUUUUAUCAAUUCUCUUAUCCGGAAAUGAUGAUAACCAAAUAAUAUACUUCAUUUCACAUUAAAAAUAGAGAGAGCUAGUUUUUGUCGAGUAAAGCAUAAUUAACCCAUAUAAAAUGCUAGUUUUUACAUUUAUCGUUUGCGUUGGAACAACUCAUCACGGCUACUGUUCCUAAUGGGAUUAGGAACAAUUAUUUAUGAGGUUGAAGUUGUGUUAUUAUUCAAUGACACAACACGCAUGUAUGUGAUGUGGAUUACCUUAAAAGCUACUCAAACGUAACUUAUCCAACAAAACAACUCAAAAAUAUCCCUCAUAAUUUGUUUUAUUUUAUUUUUUAAUUUUUUAAUGGUUGGCCUUCGAAGUUCAAACUCACUAAGUAGACGACAGUAGGACGGUGUCAGACAGAACAGAACAGAACAAUAUUUAGCCCUUCACAAAGCCUAUCUUCCUGUCUGUACACCAGAGUUAGAUUCCCAUUCCUAUCCUCCCCAUCCCCAUGUGCAGCAUUACCCUAAUAUUCCCUAAAAAACACACACACAUCUUUAACUUGAACCCACUUCAGUUGCCUGCUUUCUCUCCCUCCGAAUCUUGAUUGUUUACUUUCUCUCUCUCUCUCCCCAAAUUCACUUUCCCCUCACGCUCCCCACACUCUUCACUCACACUUUCUAUCUCUGUUUUCCACGAUUCCCUCAAUGGCUAUCAACCGAGACUCCACCACUCCGCCUCCUAUGAUCGGCAAAAUCGGACCCUACACGGUGUUCAUGACCCCACCUUCGACCCCCAAGCCUUCUCAGCCACCGUUCUUGGAUUCGCCCAAGAAGAUCCUCACUCCGCCACCGGUCUUGGAGUCUCCCAAGAAGAUCAUCACUCCGCCACCGGUCUUGGAUUCUCCCAAGAAGAUCAUCACUCCGCCACCGGUGCAGCCUCCUCCUCUCCAGUUCCACAAGUCCACUGAGUCCGUUGCGUCCAAUGGGUCUGUCUUGGGGUUCUUCAAGAAUGCCGCUACCAAGGUGCAGAAUGCGCAUUCGAGUUUGGAUGACCAUUUAGCGCGUUGGUUUGGGUUGAAUCAGUCAAAGUAUCAAUGGGCGCUAGACGACUAUUACGAGAGCAAGGGCUCGGUAAGCGUUUGAACUGGAUGUUAGUUCUUAUGAAAGAAAGGACUAGUGAGCAUUUUAUAGUGAAGGAUCAGAAAAGGGGGAUGCAAAUGCCAAAGAUAUACCAAGCAAAGCACAGAGUGUGUAAAAUGCCUGUUGGAUUAAUUUAUUGGAAGUGGAAGUGUCUGCAGACUCUCCAUUUGAGUAUACUAUAUUUAUGUACUUACGUAUGAAUAGCAUGGAUGCAUCACAAAAGGAUCCUUUGACCAAGAUCUGGGAUUUGGGUAAUGAAAUUCUCUCCUAGUGAAGCAGCUAACUGAACUGGAUCGUGUGACAGUCUACGAGCCAUGUAAUUGCAUUUCAAGUUGAUUGUUUAGUAGAAUGGACAAACUUCUUAUUCAUGUACCUCACUGAGCUGCUACCUAAUUUGAUUUGGUUCAAGUUUCUGGGUUCUGUACCUCAGGAACGGUUAACAUGUUUGUAUUGGAAUUUAUAUUUAUGUUUUAUUAAAAGCAAUCGUUUGUAA